CGUCUCGGUCCAAUAUUGAGACACUGGAUGGACAUGUUGCAAUCCAGCAGGCAACUGGAGCAUCUAACUGGGCUGGGGUAUCAGACCAAAAAACAACUGGACUGGGACCAAAGGGAAAAAUUAGAAAGAAAGAUGGACUGCUUCUAAACGUAAAUGUCAAACCAUUCCCAAUUGGACUACAACUUGGUGUAAGUUGGUUUUCUUUUGGAGAAAGACUUACCAACAGACAAUCUGUCAACCUGGCACUCAAACAAUGGUACACAACAAUGGUAUAAAGGUAAUGUGUUCUCACUUUUCCACAUAACAUUGUUUCAUUGAUUAAUUGUUUCAAGGUGUAGAAUCAUCAUUUAGAGUUUAGACUUUAUGGUUCUAGUCUUGGAUUGGAUAAUCUCUUCGGUUUUAGUUUAGUAUAGAAUAAUGUAGAAUAUCGCUUGUACUAAAAGAGAAAAUGAACACAUGAGAUAUAGAUAUUUUUUUUUGGGUAAUCUAAAUGCUUUGUAACGGUAAAAAGAAAUAAACUACGACCCAAAGAAGAGAAAAUCGUAACCGAUGUGGGAUCUUGCAAACAGCUUUGCAUGUGUGCCAUGUGCUUUGAUGAUGAUCAAAAUUUGACUCCAACUGAAUGUUAAGCUAAGCUGCCAACGUCAUGUGUGAAUGGAUAGGAAUUUUUUCUUUAUAUAUUACACAUUUUGCAUAUUAAUAUACUACCGAUCGUCCAUUCACAUUCAUAUGUUUUCAUAUUAAAAUACCACCGAUCGUUCAUCCAUUCAUUCAUGUGCUCAAGUGCUUUCGUGGUAAGAGCUUGUCCAGUAAGCUGAUCUGCAUGCAGAAGCAGAAGCUGAAAGCUGAGCUCAGAAGCAUGAAUCUGUGACAUGGGAGUGUAGCUUUUGUUGCAAACAGCCAUUUUCCUCUGUUAGGAUGACGACCCUUCUCAUUCAUUUGAGUUGAAACCUCUUCUCAUGCACCAAAAACAUUUUAUAUAUGCACCCAAAGGAGGUGGCAGGUCAAAGUAACUCAGACCUCACUGAAGCACCUGUUCUAUGAUUCAUAUCCAUGCAUUCAUUCAUAGAACUUUCCCUUGGCAUAAAUUGGGUCAUAUAUAUACUUGGAUUGACCAAGUUCCAUUUUAGGUUGGUAAUUGUGUCUUGUAAGUGACUCAUACUAGUUGAAGCCAAGACUAGGGUUUUUGCCCUAAUCGACCGACACGUUGAGAAAAUCUCAUUUUUACUCAUUUUUCUUCAAGUUUGAUUGCCUAGUGUUGGUAUUGAAAUCACCAUUGAAAGCUUAAACUUGAGAGUUUACAGUCUAAUAUUUAUUAAUUGCUUAGAUAUAAGAUUUUAAAGCGCCAAAAUAUGAAACUUAACCUCAAAAAAUCCAUUUUUUACACGUCAAUCCUUUGAACAAAACGAAUCUCCUAAAAAUAUCUCUAAAGAGACGUUACUUGUUAGUUGAUGCUAACUGAACUAGGUUUUUUUCCCUAAGUAGCAAAGUGUCUGGACUGCAGCAACAAGAUCGGUAAAAAAAUCCCCAAUUUUGCAGUUCUUGUGGUUCAAGUUGAGGCAUUUAAUUUGUGUCGGGUGAGAUUUUGUGAAAACGAUGGCCUUAUUGAAACCACUUUUGACUAAUUUUCCUUUUUGUCUGAUGUGAACAAUGGUGUGUUGCAUAACGCACGAGGAUAACACAACUGCACUCACUCACUUCAUUAUAGACUUCUAGCUCAAAUUUUCAGCUACAAGAAAGCACCAGCCUCAUCAUUUUCUGACUACCUGACCAAUUUCCAAAAUCUCGACCAAAUCGGAAAAACCAAAUCACAACGGGUUGCAUUUUCGUGUCUGUCUCACUAAUUAAGUUUUUAAUCACGUGACGAAUGAAAUAGAGACGUGCAUGAUGUACCGUCAGAGAUAAAAGUUCUCCUAAUUACAAACAGAAAAACCAAACCAAAGCAACGCAGCACCAAUUUUCUUCACCAAGUUGGAGAAUUGGGGUGUUGAGCUUGAACAACAUGACUGACUAAUUAGAGAAAUAUCGUACGUAUUGAAUAAUGAAACCCUAUUUAAACCAUAUUGCUCAAGGUAACUGAAUCAUUAGUAAUUGUCGGUAGAAAAAUAUACCAGAAGAGCUGUGGCAAGUAGCAGUGAGUGAACCACAAUGUCACAAAACGACAAUUUGCAGCAGUUCCCAGGUGCGGCGCCGUUCGGCGGAAAAUAUAAACUUAUUCAAACCCUAAAAUCAAACUUUGCCAUUAAAAAUUUACUAAUCAAACUCAGUAGCCAUUAAUCAUCCACACUGGAAAAAAUAUAAAGAAAAAAAAUAAUUGUGUUACAAAUAAGAUGAAGGCUUCCAAAAAAAAAAAAAUGUAGUCCCCACUAUAUUACAUAAACCAUUAAAGAUUGUCCCCUUAGAACCCUACAUACAGACCUUCCUUUGUCCCCCGUUCAUUUCUUAUAAGACUCCCCCUUUUAUGUUUCUCAAUGCCCCACUUUCCUCCUCCAACUUCAUCACCAUUUCCUAGUGUGCUCGUGUGCCUAAAUUCUCAUUAUUUUUACUCUCUUUUUUCACCAAUUUUAGUCUCUCUCUCUCUUUCGCUCGGAUCUCUUUGUUUGUCUACCAAAAAUGGCUUCUGGGGGUGCUGGCAGCGCUGGGACUGGCACUGGGUCUCCUUGUGGGGCAUGCAAGUUUCUGAGGAGAAAGUGUGCUUCUGAUUGCAUAUUUGCACCUUAUUUUUGCUCCGAGCAAGGACCUGCUCGUUUUGCUGCCAUUCACAAAGUGUUUGGCGCCAGCAAUGUGUCCAAGUUGUUGUUGCAUGUUCCUGCUCAUGAUCGUUGUGAAGCUGUUGUCACAAUUGCCUAUGAAGCUCAAGCAAGAAUUCGGGACCCCGUUUAUGGAUGCGUGGCUCACAUUUUUUCCUUGCAACAACAGGUGGCAUGUUUGCAAGCACAAUUGAUGCAAGUAAAGGCUCAACUGGCUCACCAAAACCUCAUUGAUUCAAGGAACAUGGAGAGUACUCAGUGGCAGGGGAAUGUGAAUGGAUCAGUCUCAAGCUUUCCAAGUUAUCCGAGCUACGUGAAUCCUAUUUCACCUCAGAGCUCGCUGGACUCCAUGGACCCCAACAGUGAUAUUGCCAUGCAUAUGCAGGAAAUUCAAAGCAGCAGAGAGUUCUCGUAUCAAGGUUGUUCUAUAAAGAGACCAUAUAAUGGUGACUUGGGAGAGCUUCAAGCUUUGGCCCUCAGAAUGAUGAGAAACUGAUCAAUCCCUACAUCAUGUUUUGUUUCAACGAUAUGACGGUGGCCUUUCAGACGUUUCUGUGACCAAUGAUGUAUAUACUGAGCCUGUUUUUUUUGUUUUUUGUUUUCUUUCAAGAAAAAGAAAUUAGUCCCAUUAA